CUCCCCCUCCCUCCACCUCAUCAUGCGUGCCGCUGCCUUCUCCGCCCUCCUCGCCCUCGUGCCCUUCGCGCUGGCUCUGCCGCAGGACACCAUCGUCGGCGGCAUCCCGGCGCGCAACCGCGACCCCUCAUUCCCCGCGUGCGACACGCCCGACUUUGCCGACGACGUCUACUCCGACUGGUUCAGCGGCGACGGUAACGCCUGGCAGGACAGCGACGACCCGAACUUCUACGUGGCGCCUGGCUACGGGGCCUGCAACUUUAACUACACGGACGUCACCGCCGGCGUGUGCCUCAAGCCCGGCUGGGUCAGCUCGGCGUACCACAACAGCUGCAAUCGCCUCGUCGAGGUUCGCCUGCCUGAGACUGGCAUCUCGACCUUCGCUCGCGUCGUCGAUGCCUGCGGAGCCCUUGAGACGACGACGUUCGGCUGCAACGAUAUCUAUGUCACGAAGAGCGUCUUUGAGACGCUGAGCGGCAACAACGCCAGCGCGCUCGCUGCCGGCCGUCUGCCCGGCCAGGCCGAAUGGCGCUUCGUCGACCCUGCCGACGAUGCCUCGAUCACGAUCAACAUCGAGGCCACGCUCGGCUUCACCAUCGGCCCUCUGAAGCGCGACCUCAACCAGCACCAGGUGCGCCGCCAGAUGCAGCACGCCUAGGCAGCCGAUGCCGCCGCGACGCUCGCAGCCAGCGCCCAACGCCGUUGCGAUGCAGGCAGUGCCUCGAUCCGCCUCUCCGCGCUUCGUCAUGCCCCCAUCCUAGGCUCGCGGAUGCCACGCCGCCUGCCCUCUCCCUUUAUGCUCCA